AUGGUUGAAGAGGGAUCAUUGAGUACUUGGGAUGAGGUGACUAGAGCUUUUCUUGGGAAGUAUUGCCCUCCCGAGAAAACCGCCGAAUUAAUAAGGAAGAUCACCAACUUCAACCAAGAGGUUGAUGAAACUUUGAGUGAGGCAUGGGAGCGGUUCAAAGAUUACACUAGAGCAUGCCCUCACCACGGUUUCACCUCAUGGAUCAUAGUGCAAAGCUUCUAUGAUGGUCUUACUCCUACCUCAAGGGCCAACCUUGAUUCGGGAGCCGGAGGUAGCCUUAAAAAGCUAUCGGUUGACGAGGCCUACAAAAUGAUUGAGGAAGUGGCUAAGCAUUAUGCUUAUGGAGGUGAUAAAAGGCAAGGUCAACCCAAGAAGGGCGGUAAGCAUGAUCUUGAAGCAAUAGAUCUUAUUGCUUCAAAGGUUGAUAUGUUAGCUCGAAAGCUAGAUCAAGUGAACAAUGUGCCCGGUAGCUCCUCCCCACAAGUCAUGUCUUGUGAGACUUGUGGAGGAAAUGACCACUUGGCAUCAUAUUGCAACACUACAACGGAGCAUGUAGCUUCACUUGGUAGGAAUGAUCCUUACUCCCAAACGUUUAACCAAGGUUGGAAACAACAUCCAAAUUUUGGGUGGAAACAACCCAAUCAAGCUCCCCCUCCUGAAAACAAUUACAACCAAGCUCCUCCUUACAAUCAACCCCCUCCACAACAACAAGCUCCCUAUCGCCACCCCAAUAAAAGAGACAAUGUCAAACAAAGACCCCAAUACAAUCAAGCCCCUCCUCCUCCAAAAUCCAACAUUGAAUCCGUUUUGGAAACCUUCAUGACCCAACAAAUCAAGAUCAAUGGGGAAGUUAGUAGCUCAAUUCAACAACUCCAAGCACACAACAAGAUGACUGAAAGUCAAUUAUCUCAAAUUGCACAACAAGUUGGGUGCACCUCUAACCCCGGUGGUCAAUUUCCAAGCACAACGGUAAUGAAUCCAAAAGCACAAGCAAAAUCAAUCACCUUGAUUAUGGAAGGGGGGGUAUGA